AUGUCGACGCGUAUGCCCCCAUUGUCAUUGAGGAGCCUGUUUUAUCAAGAACUAUCGACAACGUCAUUUAUGACCUUACUGAUGCAAGGAUUUACGACGAGCAUGUUAUUGCUUGCGAAUGAAGAGGCUAGGAACAAAAAGGGAGAAGGUUCCGACACGGUUAAAUUGAAUCUCAAACAUACAGAAAGGUAUACUAGGGAAUGGACAGCAAGCGUAUCGUUCACACUGGGUGUCAAGGUGAGUUUAAGCGUAGGUGUCCCAGAAAUAGCGGAGGGCAAGGUUGAGACAUCCUACGAGUUUAAAAGUUCGUAUGAAUGGGGAGAAAGAAAUGAAGAUGAACUUGAAAUGGGGUCUGAGUAUACAGUUACUGUGCCUCCUAUGAGUAGCGUGAAGGUGAGUCUGAUGGCGACACGGGCUUCAUGCGACAUACCCUUUUCGUACACUCAGCGUGACGUCUUAACAAAUGGAACAGUAAAAGUAUACUACAAGAAUGAUGGCAUAUUUAAGGGCCGCAAUGCCUACAACUACAGACUGGCAGUGGCAUUGGCAGUUAUGUAA